AUGGGCCAUCAAAAUUUAUGGUUUUCGCAUCCACGCAAGUAUGGUCCAGGUUCUCGCUCAUGCCGAGUUUGUUCGAACCAUCAUGGGUUAAUCAGAAAAUAUGGACUUAAUAUGUGUCGGCGAUGUUUCAGAGAGUAUGCUUCCGAUAUUGGAUUCAGAAAGAUCCUUUUUUUGCUUUUCAGAAAUUGGGGGGUUGUGAAAGUAACUGUGCUUUAUCUCAUAUGUGCAUUGCAAUAUGCUGGCGCUAUAGUAAGGAUGGAUAGUGAUGAUAUUCCCGAAAUAUUGGUUGCUAGUCGACAAAAUCAACUUAUUUUCCUGACAGGACUGGAUAUUAUCAAUAACAGAUCUCAUGCUGCCGUCUUCUCAGCUUUUACUGUAAAUCGAGAGGUGGAUCGUCCACCAAUUGAUUUUGUCAUGCUAAAUGGUACUCAGACGUUCUGCGAAUCGAAAGUACGCCGACAAUCGAUCUCGAAUUUUUCGCGUGGAUUUAUUAGAGUGGAUUGGUUCAAGAAAUACGUCAGUGAAUUACCAUCCGUUAUCGUACUCUUUGCUGAUUUGGGAUGGGAUCAUCCAUCCUGGAAUGAAAAGGCUACAGAAUGCGAAUCGAAAAUUUCCUCACUUAGGGCAAGCAUUGGAAGCCAUGCAACUCGGAUUUGUAUUGUGUUGCUACAGCAAACUCAGCUGAUAGACAAUCCACUAGCUGUUGAAAGAACAACCAAACUGUGCCAGCUAUGUCAGCUUCCAGCAAAACAGCUGUUUGUUUUACCCUUAGGCGAACGAAUGUUCUCAUCGGUUUUAAGGCUUGAAACCGCAUUCCAUGAAUUAGCUCAAGCAUUCUAUCAACAGUGUCUGAAGUCAAUCCGUGCGCGAUCAAUACCAAAUAAUCUUUCGAAUCUUAUAAUUCGUCAGCAGUUUAAACUGGCUUUUCUUUCGGAACUACGACAAGACACGCACACAGCACUCAGACAUUAUAAGCUAGCAUAUCAGCAUUGUACCGAAUGCGAAACUGUUGAUAGAGAAAUAUUUGAACUACGCGCUGUGGCUGGACUUCUGAAUUACAAAAUAUGUCAAUUAUCAUUUUUUCACAGUGCAGCUUUAGAAGCAUUAGCACAACAGCGGAGGCAUAAUAACGUAUUUUUCUGCUUACCUCCAGGUUCGUAUCCAUCCCCAGCCACUGCAUCAAUUGAGCAUUUAUUAUGGAAAGGCAAACAGUGUUCAUUGUUUGCGAAUUUAUUUGAACGAGCCGUCAUGAGUGGUUUGGUUGCCGUGUCAACUCAACAUCCAGGAAUAUAUCUUCAAGCAGCAGCUUGCUAUUAUCGGCAAGCAAACGAAGCUAUUACCGUUCUAAAUGUUUCAUCACAGUUAGCUGGGUUAGUUUACCCAAGCCCUGAUCCUUUGCUGCCAACUGCAGACAUUUUUUAUGGUCAAAGGCCAUGGAGGACAGCUACGGAAAAUGGCAGUCUGUUAGAUCCGGAAACUGAAAAGAAUGCUCUCAUCGCACUUGAGUUACGGUGUUCCCCAAAUCACGAUCGAUGCAUUGCCCUACUCACUUCUGCGAUGUCACAGUUCAAAAAAUACAAGUGUUUGCGAAUGCAACGUUAUAUGAUGCUUUUGUUGUCAGAUGAAUAUUUUGUAACGGGUCAAUAUGUCAAAGCUUUGCAGUUUGCAUCACAUUUAAUUUGGGAAUGUCGCCGGGAAGGUUUCAUGCAACCAAUUACGAUGCUUCUUCUGCGUGCCCUUAUCUGUGCAUUUCGAGUGGCAGACGUGAAGGAAUUUAUGACGCUUAGUAUGCAAAUGCUUAACUUACGCACAUUCCCGACAUUUGCUUCUAUUACGGAACAGAUUAUGACAAAUAUUGGAUUGAUUCGUCAGGGCUUUCCACCGCAUAUACCUAUUCCACAUGUUAAUAUGUCUUCAGCUGAUGUAGAAGCAUGUCAACAUAUUUGGAAGACAGCAUUUGCCGAGCGUGUAUUUUUUUCGAUAAGCGCUCCUCGUAUCGAUGCGUUUAUUCGUGCUCGAGUUGCGUUCCUUAAUAAUACUACGGAAACUGUUCAUGCCGACUCAUUAAUUCUUCUUAUGGUCGCUCUUUCGUCAUACUGUACUAAAACAGUCUUUUUUGAAAAAAUGAAAAUUGCUGUCAGUGAUGGCAGUAAGGAAACGGAACAGUCACCAUUAUAUGAAUUUACCGAGGACAAUGUUGAAGUUAAUCCAAGAAAAGAAACUGUUAAAAUGUACAAGAUGUCAUUACCUCAUUCAUAUUGCACAACUGCCAGGCAACUAAUGGUGAAUGGAUUAAGCUUAGAAAUGGGUUCCGUACACUCAUCUGUUUAUGGUACAUUAGACUGGGAUGCUCAGUCGUUGUCAUAUGGCACUUAUGAUAAUUCGUACAUGAAUUCCAUAUUAGACGCAUGUGUUGGUCAGACAACACUUAAAAUUGAGCCACGUGAAGCUCAUUUGCGUCUUGAAGAAGCUGAUCAAAAUGAAGCACUGCUUGGUGAAAUUGCUACAAUGCCGCUAUCGUUUAUAUGUGAGGAAACCAGUCCGAUAGGAAGUGUUAGACUGGAUUGGUCAUUAGACGCGAAGGAGGAGGUAGCUGGAAGUGUGGUUUUCGUCAAUGAAGAAAAUCAGUUUGUUUCAAAUGGUACAAAAGUUUUAGAAUACAGAAACUCUCAAAUCCCGCCAUUCAAGGUUCAGCUGAAUGUAAAAUAUUGCAGUCAGACUGUCUGCUCGACAAAUAUGUCGGUAAUGGCUUCUAUACAGCUUGACAACAUGACAGUACAGAAACGCUUUUUAAUAUCGAUGCGGUCACGACUUCCAUUCGAUAUCAGCAGUAAAAUACUGACUAUAAAUAAUGAUGUUAUCGAAAAUCCGCUUGUGGAAACCAAUUUCUUUAUUCGGGCAGAUAUCACAACAGUCGCUCAUAUAGUUAUUUCGGAUAUAUCAUGGAGAUCGGGCACUGAAGUGGAAGCUGAUAAAGACGAUAAGAUUUUGCUGAAAAAUGAAAUUUGCUGCUCUGAGAACGAUAUAAUAACGGUUUGUUCACCUGUCCGAUUUUCGGUGAAAGCGGAAGAGCGAUGUGAUCUGGGUGAAAUAAAUAUACGUUGGAGAAGGAAUAGUGUGUUAGAGGGAUGGGUUUUGUCUCAACUUAACAUUGGAUCUGUUCUCGUAAAAAAUUCUCCAUUAUCAGUUGAAGCGCAACCUCAAACUUCUUAUCUCAUUGUACGAACAGCAAUUCCAGUUAUUUUCACAAUUCGCAAUCUGUAUAACAAAAUGAUCGAUCUGCAGAUGACAUUAGAACCGGCGGAUAUGUUCGUGUUCGCUGGUAACAAAAAGGUUCUAGUUGUUAGAUUUCUGUUUUCUUUACAUCGAUAUUUCAGCAAUUCCCAAAUCAUUUUUACUGAGGCUUUCUUCAUAAAAUUUCGGCUGAUUGAAGCCUUGGAGAAAUGUUACAAUGUUACAAUGGCGUAG